AUGACCACCUUGGUCGCCCAGAUGGCCACAUUAACCUCGCUUCUCCAGACUAUGGCUAUUAAUCAAGGACAUCUCUUUCAAAGUGAAGUGCAAGCCAAUGCGCUGACGCAAGUGGCAGUAAUAAGUUACAUCCAAUGCAGAGAAGGGCAUUUAGUGGAAGUCUACCCGUUAAAUCCACAAUUCGUAUACUCUAUUCAUAAUGAACCAUUCGGCAACACCUACAACCCUGGUUGGCGGAAUCACCAAAAUUUCAGUUGGGGAGGGAAUCACAACCAGGGGGGCCAAAGGAAUCAUCAGAACAGUCAUUCCGAGAAUCGAGGUAAUCCUCCAGUUUUCCUUCAUCAGAAUCAAAGCCAAGGUAAUUUUAAGAGUAUACAGCCACGCGACCAACCGUCCUCUUCUAACACCUCUUCUAGUACCUCGUCUUUGGAAACACUAUUGAAACAAUAUAUUAAGAAGAACGAGGCAAUCAGGCAGUCGCAAGCUUCCUCCAUUAGAAAUUUAGAGGUGCAGAUUGGACAGCUUGCGAUCGAGCUUAAGAAUAAAGCGCCUGGUACGCUGCCCAGCAGCUCGGAAGCACCGGGACGAAGUGGCAAAGAACAAUGUCAAGCAUUGACAUUGAGAAGUGGUAAGAAGACGGUCCCCAUGCCAUCAGUACAAGAUUUAGCAAAACGUCCAGAAGACUCAAUCACCAAUAAUGACCACUCAAUUGCAAACAAUAGAUCUACCAGUUCAGAAGCAACUACUUCUACAAAGAAUGAAUCUCAACAAGACUCAGAAUCAAAGUCAUCGCAACCUCCAGCUCCUAAAACACAGCAAGCAAGGGACCUCAAUGAAAAUUCAAAUGAUCAGGAAAUACAUAUCAACAUUCCCUUAGUAGAAGCGUUGGAACAAAUGUCGAGCUAUGUGAAAUUCCUCAAGGACAUACUCGCCAAAAAGAGGAAGAUCGGGGAAAAUGAAACGGUCACACUAACGUAUGAGUGUAGUGCGCUCUUUCAGAACAACAUCCCCACUAAAAUGAAAGAUCCAGGGAGUUUCACGUUGCCAUGCUCAAUAGGGGGUAAAGAAGUCGAAAAUGUGUUGUGUGACUUAGGGGCAAGUAUAAACCUGAUGCCAUUGUCAAUCUUCAAGAAGUUAAACAUCGGCAACACAAGGCCCACCACAGUUAAGUUGCAGUUGGCUGACAGAACAAUAACGCAUCCAGAGGGCAAGAUAGAAGACGUACUUGUGCAAGUGGAUAAAUUCAUCCUUCCUGCUGACUUUAUUAUAUUGGAUUACCAAGCUGACACUGAGAUGCCGAUCAUCUUGGGUCACCCAUUUCUUGCAACAGGGCGGGCGUUGAUCGACGUACAAAAAGGAGAACUCACCAUAAGAGUUGACGAUCAGCAAGUAAAGUUCAACGUUCUCAAUGCAUUGGAAUACCCAGGUGAUAUGGAAAACUAUCAGUAUGUUGGAGAACUGCAAAAAGAACAGUGGCAUGAGUUUCAAGAAGAAUCGGAGGAAGAAGACUUUGAGAUUGGCGUAAUGUUGGAAGAGAAUUGCGCCGCAAUACAAACCGAACUAGAUUUUGAAACAAUAAAGUUAUCUUAA